AUGUGCAGCAUCUGGACCGCAAAGCUCGGAGUCUGCGAGUUCCUCGCGAGAAUGGUCGAGACUUUCUGGAGGCGUGAAUAUGAGCUCACUCUGCGAUGGAUCCGCUACUUCCUUGUGGCCACUUUCAUUGCCAUAGUCAUCGCAACACUGGGCGAAUGUCGGCCCUUCAGUCAUUACUGGCAGGUCGUCCCGGAUCCAGGGCCUCAGUGUAGGACCGGCUACGCUCAGCUCAUCACCAUGGGAGUCUGCGACAUCACCACCGAUAUCCUACUGGUUUGCUUUCCCAUCCCUAUGGUUCUCAAGUCAGCAAUACCUUUCAAGCGCAAAUUCCGGCUUGUCCUCCUGUUCUCCAUGUCUAUUAUCCUUAUCUGCAUCACCGGAGUACGCAUCCCGGAGGUCAUCAAACACCACGGACGACAACAGUACCGCACUGUGUUUGCUUCAAGUGAAAUCCUCGGAGCAGCGUCCGUCUCCAACGCCAUUGUUCUGGGGUCUUUUCUGCGGGAUCGUGGCGUAAAGAAGACGAAGAAGUACAAAUUGGGUUCGGUAUCGGACAGCAUCGACCGAGCUUCGCAGCGGAGACCGACCAUCACCUCUCAACACAUGGGCAGUGUUGAGGAUCUCAUCCGUGAAAUGGGCUGGCGCAUGCCAAAGGAUCUCGAAGCGCAGAACCACGAACCGCGUCCUGCCCCUGUCGCGCCUCCUGCCUCGCCUCCAUCUCAUGUCAGAAAACCGUCAUUUGUUGGGAACGGAAAAGGAUGGCAGUUCCCCAAGCACGACAGUAUCAGAGACAGCGAGGAGUCAGACCCACAAUACGACGUACUGGACGACCCUGCGCCAAGUCCCAAAGAAACACAAACUGCUUCGAGACAAAGGCUUUCAUUCUUUGAUGUGGGUGGACUGUUGGACCCCAGCAAUUCAUCAACGCCAAGCUCUAUAGUGCCUUCCCCCACCAGUACGACGGUUGCGCAAGACUUUGCCACUACGCCUAGACGCGGCUCUCGAGCGCUCCUUCAGGAUCUAGGUGGUCUCAGGGUUCCAGGCCGACGUUCGUCGCAGCAUCCUUCCGUGGCAGAGGGAGAGUGCUACGAACUUACCCCGCGCAAUGCCGAGAUCCGCUCCAGCGGAUCGACCUUGCAUCUUCCGGGCAGCAUUGCUGGACCACAGCUGGGUCGACACGAAACCCGUCAGUCACUCCAGGAUGUCGGUGGACUCCUGGGCAACAGUGGCAACGAAGCGUCUGAGCAAAUACAGCCAGACUCAGAUGACACAUCAGGGAUUUCGCCAACGUCCUCGCCCGUACUACGCAUCCGCGAUCCCUCUCCUACUAGUCCGCUUUCAAUCAAUGCUCCGCCAACAGCAGCCCAGGGCCAUUUGCCUUGUCGUCCGCAGGCCCGCGCGUCACUACAAGACAUGGGGAACGUUGUGGCCGAAGAGAGGGAAGAUGACUCGAUACAUUGA